AUGGCCGCCGCUAGCAACAUGAAGCUCUACCUCUUCGGUGACCAGACAUUCGACGUCCAGCCCCAGCUCAAGGCCCUGCUCCGGCAGAGGAACAACCCCGUGCUGGAGGAGUUCCUGGCCAAGGCAUACGAGGCGCUGCGAGGCGAGAUUUACGAGCUGCCUUACGAGGCGCGACAGAGUGUGCCGCGCUUGACGAGCCUCGAUGACUUGGCCUCGUGGAACGAAGGCGAGAAGCGAUCCAUCGCUCUCGACAUGGCGGUGACGUGCAUCUUCCAGCUGGCCACGUUUAUCGUCCAAGCCAAGAACGGCAGGGUCGGUGGCGACGAGGCUCGCGUCGUCGGCAUCUGCACAGGCGCACUGGCCGCGGCAGCUGUCAGCUGCAGCGACAACCUGCUGGAGCUUGUGCCGCUGGGCGUGGCCGCUGUCAAGGCCGCGUUCCGCGUCGGCAAGCAGGUGGCGGACGCCGGGCAGCGCAUUGCGCCCCGGGCCGACUCGAAGGACCAGAGCUGGUCCAUGCUUGUGGCGGGCGCAUCGUCGGAAGCGGCGGUGCGCGACUUCUGCGAGCAGUCGUCGCUCCCCAUCACGAGCCAGCCCUACGUCACCGCCUACUCGCCCAGCGGCAUCGCCGUCGGCGGGCCGCCACAGACGCUGGCCCAGCUGGCGGGCUCGCCCGGCUUCCAGGGCGUGCGCUCGCGCGCCGUCCCCGUCUACGGGCCCUACCACGCGCCGCACCUGUACUCGCAGCUCGACGUCGCCGCCAUCGUCGACGGCCUCGCCCCCGCCGGCGACGCCCACGAGCGCGUGCCGCUGCUGGCCAGCACGUCGGCCGCGACUCCCGCCAGGCCCCGGGCCUUUGACGCCCUGCUCGAGGCCGCCGUGGCCCAGAUCCUGCUGCAACCCAUCCGCUGGGCCGCCGUCCUCGACUCUCUCCAGCAGAGCCUGCGCGAGGCCCAGCCCGCGUCCUUUGCCGUCGUGCCGCUGGCCACGACAGCCGACCAGCUCGUGUACGAGGCGCUGCAGCAGACGCCCCUGCGCUCGCUGGUGCCCUCGUCGCUGCCGCCGCGGCCGCAGCAGCAGCAGACGCGCAGCAGCGGCAACGCCAGCAAGUCCAAGCUGGCCAUCAUCGGCAUGUCUGGUCGCUUCCCCAGCGCCAGUGGCAACGAUGCCUUCUGGGAGCUGCUCCACCAGGGCCUCGACGUGCACAAGACGGUGCCGGCCAAGCACUGGGACGUGCGGACGCACGUGGACCCGACGGGCAAGGCCAAGAACACGAGCAGGACGCCCUUUGGUUGCUGGAUCGACGAGCCAGGCCAUUUCGACGCCCGCUUUUUCAACAUCUCGCCCCGCGAGGCGCCACAGAUCGACCCGUCCCAGCGGCUCGCGCUCAUGACGGCCUAUGAGGCGCUUGAGCAGGCCGGUAUCGUGCCGGAUGCCACUCCGUCGACUCGUCGUGACCGCGUUGGCGUUUUCUAUGGCGUCACAAGCGACGAUUGGCGCGAGACAAACGCCGCGCAGAAUAUCGACACAUAUCUCAUCCCUGGUGGCAACCGCGCAUUCAUCCCCGGGCGAAUCAACUAUUACUUCAAAUUCAGUGGGCCAAGCUAUGUUGUUGAUACGGCCUGCUCGUCGAGUCUUGCGGGCAUCCAUUUGGCCUGCAACUCGCUCUGGAACGGCGACGUCGAUAUGGCUAUCGCGGGCGGGACAAACGUCCUGACGAACCCGGACCUGUUCGCUGGCCUCGACCGCGGCCACUUCCUCUCGCGGACGGGCAACUGCAAGACGUUUGACGAUGGCGCUGAUGGCUAUUGCCGCGGCGAAGGCGCCGCUACCGUCCUCCUCAAGCGCCUGGACGACGCCCUGGCCGAUGGCGACCCGAUCCUGGCCACCGUCUUGAGCACCUCUACCAACCACUCGGCCGAGUCUGAGUCUAUUACUCGCCCAAGCGAAGGGGCUCAGCGCGCCAUCUUCAAGAAGAUCCUCAACCAGGGCGGCAUCGACCCGUACUCGGUCGGCUAUAUCGAGAUGCAUGGCACCGGCACCCAGGCCGGCGAUGCGAGCGAGAUGUCGAGCGUCCUUGGAACCUUCGCCCCGGCCGGCGCCCCCCGCCCCCGAGGCCCGGACGAGGCGCUCUACCUCGGCUCCGUCAAGGCCAACAUCGGCCAUGGCGAGUCGGCGUCGGGCGUGUGCAGCCUGGUCAAGGUCCUGCUCAUGCUCAAGAAGGAUACCAUCGUCCCGCACUGCGGCAUCAAAACGCGUAUUAAUCAGAAGUUCCCUACCGACCUGGCCGCCCGCAACGUCAACAUCGCCAUGGAGCCGACCCGCUGGGCCCGCACCUCGGCGCCGCGCCGGGCGCUCAUCAACAACUUCAGCGCCGCCGGCGGCAACACGGCCCUCCUGCUCGAGGACGCGCCCGCCCGUCCGGAGACGCCGGCCGGGCCUGCCGACCCGCGCGGCCCGCACCUCGUCGCCUGCUCGGCCAAGAGCGUCGUCUCGCUCCAGGGCAACCUGCGCGCCCUGCAGGCCUUGCUCCGCGCCAGCCCGGACAUGGCUCUGGGCCAGCUGUCGUACACCACGACGGCCCGCCGAAUCCACUACAAACACCGCGUCAUGCUGGCCGCCACGUCCAUCAACGACGUGUGCGCCCAGAUCGACGCCGCCCUGCGCGACAGCGCCGGCACGACGGCGGUCAAGACCGUGCCCCGUCUUCUCUUCACCUAUACCGGCCAGGGCGCCCAGUACCCCGGCAUGGGCCGCCAGCUGUUCGAGCACCUGAGUUUCUUUCGCCGCGAGAUCUCCCUUCUCGACCAGAUGGCCCAGAACCUCGGCUUCCCCGCCUUCCUGCCCUUCAUCACGGCGCCCGACGGCCAGGAUAUGGCUGCCUUCUCGCCGACGACUAUCCAGCUGGCUGCCGUCUGCAUGCAGAUUGCCCUGACGAAGCUAUGGUCGUCGUGGAACGUGACGCCUGCCGCCGUUGUCGGUCAUAGCCUGGGCGAAUACGCUGCUCUCAACGCCGCCGGCGUGCUGUCUGACGCCGAUGCCGUCUAUCUCGUCGGCCGCCGUGCCCAGCUCCUCGAGGCCAAGUGCACGCGUGAUACGCACGCUAUGCUCGUCGUCAGGGGCUCGACCGACGAGAUUGCCCGCGCCCUCGACGGCCGCUUCAGCUACGAGACGGCCUGCAUCAACUCGCCGGUGGAGACGGUCCUGGCCGGGACCAGCGGCCAGGUGGCAGACCUCGCCGCCGCCCUUGGCGAGGCCGGCUUCAAGACGACGAUGCUUUGCGUCCCCUAUGCCUUCCACUCGUCCCAGGUCGAGCCCAUCAUGGACGACUUCAAGUCCGCCGCCAGCGGCGUCACUUACUCGACCGCCCGCGUUCCUGUCUUGUGCCCGCUCGACGGCUCCGUCAUCGCCGAGGGCAGCGCCGGCGACUUUGGCGCCGACUAUCUGGCCCGCCACCUGCGCCAGCCCGUCAACAUGCAGCAGGCACUCCUCACCGCCCGGAGCAGCGGCCUCGUGACGGAUCACACGUCAGCGCUCGAGCUCGGCCCGCACCCGGCCGUCGGCGGCAUGGUCCGGGCCGUGCUCGGCCAGAAGGUGACGACGCUGGCGACAUUGCAGCGCGGCCGCCCGGCCUGGGAGACGCUGGCCGCGACGCUCAAGGCCCUCUACACCGCCGGCGCCGAGAUCCGCUGGCCCGGAUACCACCGCGACUUUACCGCCUCGCACGUCGUGUUGCCCCUGAACGCCUAUAGCUGGGACCUCAAGGACUACUGGAUCCAGUACGUCAACGACUGGACGCUGCGCAAGGGUGACCCGCCCCUAAUCCUGCCUGGAUCGUCAUCGAGCCCUGUGGACGGCCUCACCAGUACCACGAUCCACCGCAUCGUCGAGGAGUCGGGCUCCGCAACGAGCGGCCAGAUGGUGGUCGAGGCCGACAUAGCCCGUGAGGACCUCAGCCCCCUCGUCCAGGGCCACGAGGUCGACGGCGUCCCGCUCUGCACGCCCUCUGUCUACGCCGACAUGGCCCUUAGUCUCGGCCGCCAUCUGGCGCAGACCUACAGCCUGGGCCAGGCCGCCGGCGUCAUCGACGUCUGCGACCUGACCAUCUGCAAGGCUCUGAUCCUGUCCGCCGGCACCACCAAGCAGCUGCUGCAGGCCCACGUCAGCUGGGCCGCCGGCAAGGCGGACAUCAAGUUCAUGUCCUUUGACAACAAGCAGCGCCUGCAGGAGCACGCCCGCUGCGCCGUCCGCUUCCCCGAUGGCGGCCUCCAGAAGCAGCUGCAGGCCAAAUUGGCCACUACCAAGCAGAACAUGAAGACGCUGCGCGAUGGCCUCGCGUCUGGCAAGACGGCCCGCUUCAAUCGGCCAAUGUUCUACCGCGCUCUCCGCCCGCUGGCCCGCUUCCACGAGGACUAUCGCGCUGUCGAUGAGGUUCUUCUCGAUAGCGAUACGCUUCAGGCAUCCAGUCGCCUCAGCUUUAAUACCGUCAAGAAGGACGGCCACUUCCAUACCCAUCCGGCUAUUAUCGACGCUCUUACCCAAGCCAGCGGCUUUUCUGUCAACUGCAAUGAUAACAAUGACCUCGAUGUGGAAGUCUUUAUCAAUCACGGUUGGGGCUCAUUCCAGACCUUUAAGCCGAUUGACUUCAAUAAGGUCUAUACUACCUAUACUCAUAUGAAAGAGGGGGCCGAUAAGCUAUGGAAAGGUGACAUCGUUGUCUGCGAUGGCGAUGAGGUUGUCGCUGCCUUUGGCCAGCUUGCGAUGCAAGGCGUCCCUCGCAAAGUCCUGAGGGUGAUCCUGUCUAUCGAGAGCGGCGAAAAGACUCGGAAGCAGCAGCCGCAGCAGGUCGAGAAGCCUCGGAAGCAGCAACAGCAGAAGCCUGCCGCCCCUCCGGCCAGCAACCCUCGACAGGCGGCAGCCGAGCCUACCGGCGUCAACCCCUCCAGUCUGGCCAAGGCGCUUCAGAUCAUCUCCGAGGAGAGCGGGCUCGGCCUCGAGGAGCUUGGUGACGGAGUUGCCUGGGGCGACGUCGGCAUCGAUUCCCUUCUCGGCCUGAGUAUUUCGGCCCGCUUUAAGAACGAGCUUGACAUAGACCUCGAUUUUAACGCCUUCUUUUACGAGUACCCCCUCAUCGGCGACCUCAAGACCUUCUUUAACGGCCAGACCGCUACCUCGACCCCGCCCUCUUCCGACAGCGAGGCCAGUAGGUCCGUAUCGAGGACCUCGAGCGUCACCGACGUCACCAUGCUCGAGAGCCCCUUCCCCGAGGUCGACUUCAAGCGCGCCCUUACCAUUAUCUCAGAGGAGAGCGGCUUGGAAUUAGAAGACCUAACCGACGAUACCAACUUUGCCGACUCAGGCGUUGAUUCCUUGUUAUCCCUUGUCAUCGUCAGCCGCUUCCGGAGCGAGCUCGGCCUCGAUAUUCAGCAUGAGUCGCUCUUCCUCGAGUGCUCGACCGUCGCCGACAUUAAGAAGCUGCUGGCCCCAGACUCGGAGGUUAAACAGGAGAAGAAGCCUGCUAUCGCCGAGGCUGCCAUAGACCAGAGCUUCUCCGAUGUCGACUUCAAACGCGCCCUUGCCAUUAUCUCCGAGGAGAGCGGCUUGGGAUUAGAAGACCUAACCGACGAUACCAACUUUGCCGACUCGGGCGUUGAUUCCUUGCUAUCCCUUGUCAUCGUCAGCCGCUUCCGGAGCGAGCUUGACCUCGAUAUUCAGCAUGAGUCGCUCUUCCUCGAGUGCUCGACUGUUGCCGACAUCAAGAAGCUGCUGGCCCCAGACUCGAAUGUUGAGGAGGAACAGCCUGCCAUCGCCGAGGCCACCAAGGAGCAGAGCCAGCAGACGGUCAAAGCCGACCAUGAGAAGGACACGGCUGCGCGCGCAGCCCGCAAGGCGGCCGUCGACGAGCUCGUGGCCAAGCAUGUCGCCGACUUCUCUGGCCCGACGUCGUCGCCCCAGCGCGCUGACAGCGGCAAGGUCGUCCUGGUCACGGGUGCCUCGGGCAACCUAGGCUGCUACCUGGUCACGCAUAUCGCGCAGCUGGCCGAUGUCGAAGCCGUCGUCUGCCUCAACCGCAAAAACCGCAGUGAGGCUAACGAGCGUCAGGACAAGGCCAUGACAACCAGAGGCAUUCGUCUCCCCGAGGCGCUCAAGCAUAAGCUACAGGUCUAUCAGACAGAUUCGGCCAAGCCUCGACUUGGCCUCUCGGAGAGCGACUACGAGCACCUGGCCGGCUCCGUUACGCACCUGGUGCAUAACGCAUGGCCUAUGAGCGUCAAGCGGCCCCUCGCCGGCUUUGAGUCGCAGUUUCAGGUGAUGCGCAACCUUAUCGACCUAGCCCGCGAUGCCGCCUCGCGCCGCCCGGAGUCGUUCAAGUUUAGCUUCCAGCUGGUGUCGUCUAUUAGCGUUGUCGGCCAUUACGGCACAGCUGGGCACAGCGGCAGCAUUAGCGACAGGAUUACAGUGCCCGAGCAGCGGAUGAAUAUCGACGCAGUACUGCCUACUGGCUAUAGCGACGCUAAGUGGGGAUGCGAGCGCAUGCUCGACGAGACGCUACACCAGUAUCCUAACCGCUUCCGUCCUAUGGUCGUCCGCCUAGGUCAGAUCGCCGGGUCCAGGGCGAGCGGAUAUUGGAAUACCGCGGAGCACUUCCCCUUCCUCAUCAAAUCGUCGCAAACGCUUCAAGCGCUGCCCAACGUUGACGGUACCGUCUUCUGGACGCCUGUUGACGACGUUGCCGGUACGCUCUCGGACCUAGUCGUAUCGGAUCGCAAGCCUCACGACUUUUACCACAUCGAUAACCCCGUCGGCCAAGAGUGGCGCGGGACAAGCGCUAUCCUCGCCGACGCGCUCAAUAUUCCCAAGUCGAACCUUAUCCCCUUCCAUGAAUGGGUUGAGCGCGUCCGCCGGGCCCCCGCUCACAACAAUCCGGCCUCGGCCCUGGUCGACUUCCUCGAUAGCAACUACUUGCGCAUGUCGUGUGGCGGCCUUGUCCUGGGCGUUGAGAAUGCACUUGAGCACUCCAAGACGCUCUCUUCGACCGGGCCUGUCAGCGAGGAGGUGAUUCGCAGCUAUAUUCACUCCUGGAAAUCGCUUGGCUUCCUGACCUCCUAG